AUGGCCACUUUGUCACAAGUAAUGAGAAAACCUCGAAAAUCUAAAAUCAGCCUAAGUAAAACACCUGCUUUGGACAGUUGCCCAGAACGCAAGGGAGUGUGUUCCAAAAUUUAUACCAUGAAGCCAAAAAAACCCAAUUCGGCUGUCAGAAAAGUCGCCAGAGUCAAGCUGACAAACGGUAAUGUAGUUACUGCUUACAUUCCCGGUGAGGGUCACAAUUUACAAGAACAUUCAGUGGUGCUUGUCAGAGGGGGUCGUGUACCAGAUUUACCGGGUGUACGUUAUCAUUUAGUUAGAGGCGCUAUGGAUCUACAAGGUGUACCUACCAGAGCUACCAGUAGAUCAAAAUACGGAACUAAAAAGCCAUCCAAGAAUAAUUAG